AUGUCACUGAAUAUCGGGUUAUUUUUGAUACUCUGCCUAACGGCUUUGGCUUUAACUAAUGGUGAACGCGUACGCUUUGAUAAUUAUCGAGUCUAUGAGGUGAACGCCUCCAAUCGCGAAAAGUUGGCGUUACUCAAGCAAAUGGAAGAUACUAGCGAUUCGCUGCUCUUCUUAGACGGUGUUCACAAAAUAAAUAGAACCGUAAAGGUUGUGGUACCGCCACAUAAAGUCUCUGAUUUCCUGCUGGUAUUGGAUGUUAAUGAUAUCGACUACAAUUUGGUGGAAAAUAAUUUACAAACAGCGUUGGAAAAAGAUUAUAAUCAGAUUGCGACACGCGCCACCACUGACCAAUGGUCUGCCUAUCAAACACUUGACUUCCACUACAGUUGGUUGCGAUCGUUGGCCUCGUCUUAUCCUGGCAAUGUAACACUCAUCGAAGGUGGCAAAAGCUAUGAGAAGCGUUCGAUUUUGGGUGUAAAAAUUUCACUUCACAAUGGGAAAAAGCAGAAACCUGGCAUAUUUUUAGAAGCCGGUAUACAUGCACGUGAAUGGAUUGCGCCUGCAACGGCCACAUAUGUCAUCGAUGCUUUGCUGACCUCCACUGAUGAGCAAGUUAGAGAACUAGCUGAAACGUACGAGUGGUACAUCAUCCCGCAUGCCAAUCCCGAUGGUUAUGUCUAUACACACACUACCAAUCGCAUGUGGCGUAAGACGCGACAACCAUACGGCAGUUGCUAUGGUGCCGAUCCCAAUCGUAAUUGGAAUGUUUCGUGGAAUACAGUGGGUGCUAGCAGUAAUCCGUGUUCGGAAACGUUUGCCGGUAGUGCAGCUAAUUCGGAAAUUGAAGUUAAAUCGCUUUCUCGCUAUGUUGACUCCUUGAAAAGUGUAGUCAAAUUGUAUAUUUCAUUCCAUUCGUUUUCGCAAUAUUUGCUAUAUCCGAAUGGAGAUACGCCAGAAUUACCAGAUAACGUCAAAGACUACGAACAAGUCCAUAAUGUUACCCUCAAAGCGAUCAGUAAACGUUACGACACCGUCUAUACUGGCGGUAAUAUUUAUGAUGCCAUUUACCCGGCCGCUGGUUCAAGUGUCGAUUAUGCCUACUCCAAGACAGGUAUACGCAUGGCGUUUUGCUUUGAACUGCGCCCGAAUGGUAGUUUCAACGGUAAUGGCAUGGAACUGCCAGCCGAUCAGAUAAGACCAACUGCGGAGGAAAUUUUGGACGGCCUGGUGGCUAUGGUGAAUGAGGUGAAAGUGCUAGGCUAUUUCGACUAA